AUGGUACCUCCGAAUUCACAACAAGAGCAGGAGCAGGACGCAUGGGAUGCUCCGAGUGUUCCGUGGCUUCUCCCGGACGCAAGACUGUAUUCGUCUCCCAUUAUGUCAAGAACCUACGGCAAUAACUACGUCAACUACGGCAACAUGGGUCAACAGAUUGGCUACGGUCAGGAUACACCAGCUGUCAACCCAGUAUUCGUACCCCAGUACUCUGCUCAACAUUUUGACCAACCUCGUGUUAUUGCAUCACCUACUACUCACCAAGGCCCACAGAGCUACGCACACCCCGCUCACCCGUCCGAUAUGUAUGCUUCUCUUGAUGAGGCCAUGGCUGCCAUGCCGUCACCUGAUUGGAGCCCACCCAUCAACGACGACACUCUUCCAACGUCAGAUGCGCACCGCCAGCAGUGGGUCCAAAACCUUCUCGAUGCCGUCAACAACGUCAAGAAUACCCAAGGCAACAAAGGCAAAGACUUCAAGAAGCGUUGGACUGAUCCCGUGAAAGGGCCAAGUAACUACUACCUCUUUCUAGAUAAACUCAUCCUUUGCUGGAAUAUUGAGAAUCUUGUAGAGCGCUUGCACCGGGUUGGGCCAUCGGCACUGCAUUCUUUCGACGAUAAUUUCUGGGAAUCAGCAGGGCGAACACGAAGCUGGACGUUCCAACACCGGAUGAAUAGGAUCAUAGAACUGCUCACUGUUUCCAAGACAAGGUGCGACUCCUUGCUCGGCGGCAGUAGUCUGCAGAACAUCGUAGCCAACCCAGGGGAGCGCGCCGUUGCAACUAGGACACAAGCAAGGCAGAAUGCGAAGCGUGGUAAGACGCUGAAGGCUGGCCGGGUGGCGAAGAAACUGAAGGCAAGAGGGCAUAAAGGGUAG